UCGCUUCGCACUUCUCGGUCAAUCUCAUCCUUGUAUUUGCUAAAUACACAAUCACGAUAAGCACAAUUAAGUCAAAUAAAGCAUUAAACAUAGCUAUUCUUAUCAUCUGCAACGACAAACAUGGGAAGCACAGAGAGUCGCCAACUUCGGCCUGCCCACACAAUUACGAACGCGGUGUUGAUAAUUCCAACGGCUUUUGUCGGGCUUGUCGAUGCUCUCGCCAAUUUGAAAAGGGACGGAAAGGAGACGGACGAAACAGAAUUUUUGUACGAACUUUUCCAAGUCUAUGACAAAAUUAAUGGGACGGAUUUACAUGCCCAGUUUAAGAAGGCUAUUGACGCCGCCAGGAAAUCGGGACAACGUCAGGUUAACUGGACCGAGUUGCAUAAGUCCAUGCCCGGGGUGAAAGGUCAAGGGUACUCUGCCACGAUUUCCUGGGUGUGCAACGCCCUCAUGGCCAGCGCCGACAAGUUGGAAGAGGUCGACAUCGCCCGCCUCUUCCACUUGGCAAAGAAAGUGUGUCAAUGGCGGGAAGGGGAAAUGAGUCGCCACGGCGGUGGGGACACAGGUCAUCAACACGCCUUCAAACUAUGGGAAGCAGUCAGGGACUUGCUGAAGGAGUUCAUUUUCGCCAAAAAGUGGAAGGAUGAUUUGUAAAUAAAUAAACAAGGUUUCGAGACAGAUUUCAGAUUUUGUAUUCUUAUCAAUUCGAUAACAUAUGUAUAUAAU